AUGGCGGAGGCUGCAGCUGCUGCUGCUUUUGCCAAGAACGCGGCUAUUUUCAUGGGGAAAACUGCAGCAGGGGCCGCGAUCUCCUAUCUUGUGAACAAGGCGCUGGGCCGCCUUUCGGCGGAGGAGGAAGACCUCCAUCGAAGCCUCAAGGAGAAGCUGCCAGUUAUCCAAGCAAUCUUCGAUGCUGGCGACCACGAGCUGGUUCGGGAGAGGCUGGGGGAUUGGCUCUGGAUUUUCCGCGAUGCCAUGCAGGAGGCUGAGGACGCGCUUGACGAGCUGGAGUUCUUGGAUCUGGAGAAGGAGGUCAAAGAUCGGAGACUCCGAGAAGCCAAAAACUGGAAGGUGAGUUUGUCCUCCCGGUUCUCCUUCUCCCGCAUCGGCACGGGAGUUCGUCGCUCUGUUAGUGCUGCUACCACUGGUGGUACUCCGAAGCGUCUGAAGGAUGCUCUGAAGGGAUUACAUUCAGUCCUUGAGAAUGCAGGGGAUUUCCUCUCUGUCAUCAUGAAUGUUCGUAGUUCUUCCUCUGAUAUUCAAGAUCUGGGCAAUACACGCGAGACCACUAGAGAGUUAACGACAACUGUAUUUGGUCGGCACAAGGAAAAAGGGGAACUACUUGAAUGGUUGGGUGUUCAUACUUCAGCUGACAUUGUAGAUCACAAGCUCUCGCUCUGUGCAAUUGUUGGUGGUGGUGGCAUGGGAAAGACAACACUUGCCCAGUCAAUCUGCCAAGAUAAGAAUGUUCAGGAUCAUUUUGGUAACAUGAUUAUAUGGGUGCAUGUUUCUAAGCGUUUUGAUCCUAGAGCGUUGAUGAGCAAGAUCAUGGAAUCAAUCAACCCGGACAAAUCUCGGGCCAUGGCUUUGGACUCCCUGCAAUCAGAUCUUAUCAAGCAGUUGGUGACAAAAAGAUUUUUUUUGGUCUUAGAUGAUGCAUGGGAGGAUGCCAACGGUAUAAAGUGGAAGGAAUUUUUAGGUCCGCUUAGAAAUAAUGCUGCGAUGGGAGGUAGAAUAUUGCUCACAACCCGAAUGAGAUCAGUAGCUGAAGCUAUUACGCUUCAAAUGCAAGUUGAAGUUAAAUGUUUGGAGCUGAGGGGUUUAGGUCACGAAGAUACUCUGAAGCUCUUCAAUCAUCAUGCCUUUGGUGAUUCAUAUCCAAACGAUCGUUUGGAUCUUUUACGGAUUGCUGAGCAGAUUGUGGGAAAGCUUAAAGGUUGUCCUUUCAUAGCAGAAGUACUUGGUCAACAACUAAGAGACAACACAGAUCUUAGCAGAUGGAACACGAUCUUAAAUCAGGAUAUCUACCAAUAUGAUGAAAUUGGGCCUGCGAUCAAGGAGAUGCUCAAAAGGAGCUACCAAAAUCUGAGUUAUGAACUACAGCUUUGCUUUCGGUACUGUAGCAUGUUUCCUCCUGGCUUUAAGUUCAAGAUGGAAGAGUUAACUGAGAUGUGGGUGGGUUCAGGGUUGAUACUACAACAAGAGAAUGCCAUAAAGAACCAGGAAGAUACUGCUAGGGAGCAUUUCUGUAAUCUGGCACGGAAAUCGUUCUUUUCAUUGGUACCAAGAGAACUGCUUGCAGAUCCUUCUGAAGAUUACUAUGUCAUGCAUGAUUUGAUGUAUGACUUAGCAUGUACUGUUUCUAGUGAGGAAUGUUUAAGAUUUACAGAUGGUGGCCACAGUGCUGACAUACAUUGUGUCCCUAAACUGCGUCACUUGUACAUUCAAAGCUUAAAUUCGGAAAUUAUAACAAUUAUUUCCCAGUCCAAGAACCUGCGUACUCUGAUCAUAGAGAAUGGGGCAAACUCUGUACAAAAAGAACUUGCACAUGAUCUUAAGAAAGCUAUAAAAGGCAGAACAAGCUUGCGGCUCUUAAAGUUAGAUGGACAUGGCUUGAUUGGCUUGAAUGAUGCUGCCACUGAAUUGAAGCACCUAAGGUACAUAUAUAUGUCAGCUAUUGAUGAACCUAAUCUGUGUAAACUGCUUAAGCUCUAUCACCUGCAAGUCCUUCGAAUUACAAAGAUAGAUGAAGAGGAUAAGCGUAUGAAAAAAGAUGGCCACAGAAUAACUGAGCUGCAGGAUUUAGGGAAGCUACGGAAAAUCAUUGUGCUUGAUGUCCAAAAUGUUAGCAAUUUUAAUGAAGCUUAUGCUGUUAGAUUGGAUAAUAAGACCGCUCUGAAGGUAUUGUCUUUGGGAUGGUCUGAUGAUAAUGCUAGAGAUGAUGUUCAAAUCCUCACCAAGCUUGUUCCCCACAGGAGUCUCAAGAAUUUAAUUAUUUCUGGAUAUAUUGGCAUUAAACCACCAAUUUGGAUGGAACCCAGCUACCUCACCAAUUUGGUAUAUCUCAAGCUUGAUGGCUGUGUGCAAUGGCAUGAACUCCCACUGCUUGGCACCCUACGGUCACUAAAGCAUGUCUUUCUGGUGCAUCUUACAAAGUUGAAGUGUAUUGCCAGUUUAUCCAAUGGUUCUGGCGGAUUGCCGCCUCAUCUAGUUACAUUUGAUGUGAAAUAUUGCCCAGACCUUUCAGAGCUACCUGUGCUACCUUUCAGUCUAAAGUUUUUGGGUGUAGAAGCAGUUGGAAUCUCAAGUCUGCCUACCACUAUGUCUGAUCUCGAGAGAUUAAUAGAGCCACGGCUUUCUGUGCUGCAAAUAGAAUCCUGUGAAUUUUUGGCUUCCCUUGAUGGUUCUUUCCUACAAGAGGAACAUUACAACGCUCUCUCAGUUUUAAAACUUUUUCGAUGCCAUAAAUUGAGCUCACUUCCUGAUGCAGCACAUUUUCAAAGAAUGUGUGUACUGGAGAGUGUUGAAAUAGUUGACUGCGAUAUUUUAGCAUCCUUGGGUGGGCUAGUAGCCCUUUCUCAUCUUAAACUAUUGAAAAUAGAGCGUUGUGGUAAUCUGCUCAAUACUUCAUCGUCAAGGCUUCCUCAGUCACAAGACGAAAGUUUGUCUCUGGAGCUUGAAACACUUGCAAUUGAUGACCAUCUGCUACUUGUUUUGACUCCAUUGAGGAAUUUGUGCUGCACUAGGAGGCUUAUCAUAUCAGGCGAAUCUAUAACGAAUUUGUUGCCAGAGGAUUGGUUGUUGCAGAAUGGAUUGCACCUGGAGCAUAUACAAAUAAGCAAUGCUGAACACUUGCAGUCUCUUCCGCUGAAAAUGCAUGAUUUGCACGCCCUUCGGAGUUUGCUUCUUCAUAAGGCUCCCCUCCUUCAGUCACUCCCUUUAAUGCCUCCUCAGCUGUGGGCCCUUAUCAUUACUGGUUGCUGCACAGAGUUAAAUGAGCAAUGUCUUGCCGGUGGCUCAGAGUGGGCGAAGAUAAGUCAUAUCUACCGUUGUAACAUAUCGAAUGGAAGAUGA